AGCUACAGCAGACACUGGACCUACAGCAGACACUGGACCUACAGCAGACACUGGACCUACAGCAGACACUGGACCUACAGCAGACACUGGACCUACAGCAGACACUGGACCUACAGCAGACACUGGACCUACAGCAGACACUGGACCUACAGCAGACACUGGACCUACAGCAGACACUGGACCUACAGCAGACACUGGACCUACAGCAGACACUGGACCUACAGCAGACACUGGACCUACAGCAGACACUGGACUUACAGCAGACACUGGACCUACAGCAGACACUGGACCUACAGCAGACACUGGACCUACAGCAGACACUGGACCUACAGCAGACACUGGACCUACAGCAGACACUGGACCUACAGCAGACACUGGACCUACAGCAGACACUGGACCUACAGCAGACACUGGACCUACAGCAGACACUGGACCUACAGCAGACACUGGACCUACAGCAGACACUAGGCCUACAGCAGACACUAGACCUACAGCAGACACUAGACCUACAGCAGACACUGGAUCUACAGCAGACAUGGUCCUACAGCAGACAUGGUCCUACAGCAGACAUGGUCCUACAGCAGACACUAGGCCUACAGCAGACACUAGGCCUACAGCAGACACUGGACCUACAGCAGACAUGGUCCUACAGCAGACACUGGACCUACAGCAGACACUGGACCUACAGCAGACACUGGACCUACAGCAGACAUGGUCCUACAGCAGACACUAG